ACCAGCGUUUCACGUGAUCAGGUAUUGGUUUAGUCACAACGAAGUUAGCUUGCGUCUUAAAUGUAGGAAAAGUAUAUGAUAUAGGCCUUCUUAUGCCCCGAUAGUUGCCGGCGAAGUGCGCAUUCAGAGAGGCAAACAUGUCGAGCAGCGCGGCGACGAGCUUCAUCGACCAGCUCAAACUUCUGUACGACAACAAGUUGUACUCAAAUGUCACAGCUCUGUUUAGCUUGGCACAUCCCAUCAGCACUGACCGCCCCGACCUCAUGACGGUGUCGGCAAAGUUUCAGAGUUACGUGUACUGCGGUGAUGCUUACGUGCAGCUCGAAGAUUUCAAGAGAGCCGAGGCCUUCUACCAGAAGGCUAUUCAGUUAAAGAAGUCUGCGGCUAAGGCGAAGGGCAAAGGACCCACGUCAAUCAUAUCUGGAGACGUGACAUCUGGAAAUGGCAUCAUGUAUCAGAUUCACGUCUGCCACGUGAAUAUGAAUCAGCCUGCAGACGCGAUUUCUGCGCUCGAGAGCAUACCGGGAAAGCAACGCAACAGCCGGGUCAACAUGGCCCUGGGGCAGCUGUAUCAGCAGAGUGGCAAUGAGCGCUUGGCCAUCACCUGCUACCGUGAGGUCCUCAAGGAGUGCCCACUCGCCUUGCAAGCCGCCAAGAGUCUUCUGGAGCUAGGCGUCAAGGCAGUAGAGGUGGCUGCACUGGUGCUACACCCGGGCGGCUCCAGUGGCUCCUCCUUGCCACCCGACAUGGAAUGGCUUGGACAGUGGAUCAAGGCCAAUGCGUACCUUCACUCCCGAGAGUACUCCUCCAGUGUCAGCAACUUCAAGCAGCUAGAAGCCAGGCCUCAGCUUGCAGAAAAUGUGGAGAUCCUUGCAUCACUGGGGGAGGCCUACUAUCACAUGGGAGACUACACCAGUGCCACGACUACCAUGGAGAGGGUGCACAGUCUGGAUCCACACCUGCUUCGAGGCAUGGACGUAUACGCAGCCCUGCUGGCCAAGGAGAAGAAAGUCAAGGAACUUCAGUCACUCUCCUCACAGCUCAUGUCAGUGAACAGCAGGAGCCCCGAACCAUGGAUCGUGAUGGCCUACCUCUGCUACGUCACCAAGAAAGGCAACCGAGCCAUCUACUUCGCCCAGAAGGCGUGUACGUUGAAUCCGAGGCACGUUGAGGCUCUCCUACUCAAGGGCACAGUGCUGCUGGAGCUGCACAGGGUGCCCGAGGCCAUCGCGCACUUCGGCGAGGUGUUCAAGGUGACACCGUACAGGCACGAGGCCUACAAAGACAUGGUGGACUGUUACCUGGCCCAGCUGUGGAACGAUGAUGCAGCGGCCAUCGCCAGCAAUGCCUGCAAGCACCUGGGCGACACCCCAAGGGUUCUCACACUGCAUGCAAGUGGGUUGAUGAAGAGCCCCGAGAGCCUGGAGAAGGCCAAGGUGUGCCUGGAGAAGGCACUCAAGCAGGAGCCCAUCCACCUGCCAGCUGUGUACCUGCUCGCCGAGAUAUACGACCAGCAGCGCGCCUAUGACCGAGGAAUCCAGCUUUUGCAGAAGCACCUGGAGAGCCAGAGCACAUGCCGGCUCAAUCAGAUGCUCGGGGACUUCUACGACCGGACAGGCGAGCAAAACAAGGCCCUGCAGCACUUUGACGUCGCCCUCAACCUGGACCCCAGCAACGCAAGUGCAAGAAGGGGCAAGCGCAGGGUGGAACAAUGACCCGAGAAUGUGGAGCUCGGCUACAACACGGAUGUUGACGAGAUAGCUGAGUCAGACGUGGAGUAUGAAAUUAUAGAAAUUGAGGUGGUAGCAGUUUGGUCAGACGU